AGUUAUUGCCAUAAAACCGCCGUACACACCUAACCUCACCCUGAACUUUAUCAAUAAAAUGUUUUAUAAUAAUUUUUAUCGAAAGCAAAUGCCUUUAUGACCUGUAGGGUUAUAGAAAACGGUAGAAGAGCAUUUCGAGCGAGAGGUGGAUGAGAACUCCAGUCUCCAGUGCUACACACACUUCACAAUUUACGCCACUGGAGGCGCUGUCACGCUUUCUCUGUCCAAUCACAUAUUGGUGGGCGGAGCUAGUGCUGCAGAUAGUCCCUGCCAAACAAGGCCGGCUAUUUGUUCUCAGUGUAAAUAAACACACAUAUUUUAAGAGUAUGUAGUUGUGCUUGUUCUAAGCUGUAUGUACACAAUAAACACACAUCUGAAUGACACUGAUGACACCACAAACAUUGUUUUCUCCUCCCAGCGAUCAGAUGAAAUGAUUCUUUUCUCUCAGACGGUGUUGAUCACACUAUAGAUCAUGGAUCACAGAGCUGUGCUCAUGUACGCUGAAAUCGGCUGUUUCGUGGUCUGUGUUAGCGGAUGGAUCUUGGUUUGUUCCACAAUGCCGACCGAGUACUGGACUUAUUCUGAAGUGCAGAGUUUGGUUCUCACGUCUUCUCAUUAUUACUCUAAUCUGUGGAAAGACUGCAUCUCUGAUUCCACAGGUGUGACUGACUGUAAAGGCUUUCCUUCUUUACUGGCUUUGCAGACCCACAUUCAUCUGUGUCGAUCUCUCAUCAUCAUCUCUAUAAUUCUGGGAUUCUUUGGAGGCGUUCUGGCUUUAGUUGGGAUGAAAUGCACAAAACUGGGCGGCUCUGAAACCAUCAAUGCCAGAAUCACCUUCUCUGCUGGGAUCAAUUAUUUAUUGUCAGGUCUCUCUGCUGUGUUCGCUUACAGCUGGUAUGGAAACAAAGUCAUAUCCGCCUUCAUGGAUCCCAACUACAAAGAAAAGAAGUUUGAACUGGGAGCGGCUCUGUUUGUGGGAUGGGGUGGAUCGGCUCUUCUCAUCACCGCCGGACUUAUUUACUGCAUCAUAACAGGCCAAGAAAUCUGCCAAAGCAGCUCAAAGACUGAAGAGACGUCAUAUUGUGAUCCUUCCUCAACAUACACUCAUCCACCUUCAUCUGGACCUGAGAGAGAUGACAAGCAGGAAUUCAAGUCUUCAAGAGUCACGACAGCGUAUGUUUAACGCUCAUCUUCAUCUGUUUCAAUGCUGCCGGAGAGGAUUUUGUGUCACGUGUCAUCUCUAUUAUUCUGGCUGGUUUUUAUUUGGGUCACAUUUUGUCACAAAAACAGAUUCUAUGGAGCAGUGUUCGGUUGUUCUGUUUUUCUGAUAUCAUGAUUGUGCCCUGAGUGAGUCAUGGAAAAAACAAAUAGUGUAAUAUUAAAGAUUCUGAUCCCGCGAGCAGUUUGAUGAUGUUUAACACGACACGGAAUCGUUGCUUUGGUUUUUUAUAACUGGAAAGUCUUUGAUCUCUCAGAAAAUGUAAAUGAAUGAUGAUUAUGUGUGUGUGUGUGUGUGUGUGUCCGCUGAAGAUGAUACGAGCUGUAGUCUCAUGUCACACAUCAUGAGCUCUCACUGUUGAUGUUCUCUUCCACUAUUGACUGAAUGAAAGCAGUUUCAUUGAUUGGACAAAUUUCAUUGGAACACUUGAGACUUGUUAAGGAUCUCUUCAGGUCCUUAACAAGUCUCAAGUGUUCCAAUGAAAUUAAGAUGAAUGUGGUGUGGAGAUGGACAGCUUCAUGAAUUCCUCAGAAAUAGCCUCCAUAUACACACCAGUAUAUGAGUCAAUGACAUAUAAUUAUGGGAUGAAUUCCGACUCAAAAUGAUUAACAAAUGCAAGCACAGUCAUCCGUGAACGUGACACACGUUACAUUUGUAUUUUACGAUUCAUAAACAAAUGCCUUAUGAUUUAAAUCUGUGAAAUUUAGAUUUGAAUAAACAUGAAGCUAUUUGUACAAAUAGAGACAGAUUUGUGAUUGCAAUGUUUUAUUUUAUGUUCAUGUAUAUUGAUUUUGCGCAUACCAAUGAGAAGUUGUGCAUUUGUCUAUCCUGCAACGCGCGUCCAUUUAUCCUGUUCGGUUCAUUCGGAUUUUGAGACUUUCUUUACGCGGUUUUGCGGUUUCUGCGCAACUGCAGAUCCAUGCGCAACCGUGCAAAAAUAAGAACUGCCACUAGAUGGCAGGCUUACGGAAACCAUAGGUGCUGGUCCCAUUACAAUAUCAUCAAAAAGUUGAUGCAUUUCACUCUCACAUUUCACUACAAAAUUCAAACAUUUCAAAUAAUUUAAACAAUUUGAAGUGAGGCGAUUGUCUCAGCACACCAAGGUGACUACAAACAUGAUGUUGUCCAGUCACGACUUCUUGUUGCACAACAUCAGGGCAAAAAUGUUAAAGUUUUAGGGGUGAUUUUAUCGGAAAGAAAUUAGAAUAGACUAAAAUAAAUAAAAUAACUGUCCAAACUGAAAAAACUUAUGCUGAACAUAUUUGGCGAAAAACAAAACUUGAAGUUCACUAUAAAAUCUAUAAAGACAGUCAGCAUGCCUUUAAUAUCGAAUCAGGCAAAGCUAGACAGACUUAUUUCUAUUGACUGCAACAACAGUCAUAGGCUUUUUGCUAGUGUAGAAAGACUAACAAACCCCCAAGUCAAGUCCCCUUCUAAAUCAUUUCUGAUGACAAGUUUGCAACUUUUUUCCUUGAGAAGAAAAAUAAUUUCAGAAUGGCAGUCAGCAAAGCCCUACAUGGCACUCAGGUCAGUCUGACUUAAUUACAACAAUCUAAGAAAUUAGCAACAUUAUCUGAAUUUCAGACAAUUGAUCAGAAAACUUUGGAGAAAACAGUAACGCAUCUUAAGUCCUCAACAUGCAACCUGGUACACUCACCGCAUCCUUUUUCAAAAAAGUGUUUAACUGUUUAGAAGCAGAUCUUUUAAAAAUAGUAAAUACGUUAUUUCUCUCAGGAACUUUCCCAGAGUCCCUAAAAACUGCAGUUGUCAAGACUUUACUAAAAUAAGAGCAGAGCAAUCUAGACAAAAACUUACUGUCUACCAACAAAUCUUCCUUCAUAGCCAAGAUCAUUGAAAAAGUUGUCGUCAAUCAGCUGAACAAAUUCCUAAACUCAAAUGGCAAUCUGGACAAUUAUCAGUCUGGUUUCCGUCAGCAUCACGGCACAGAAAUCUACUGCACUGUAACUUUAAUAACUGCAUUGACUCAUCUACUGCACUGUAACUUUAAUAACUGCAUUGACUCAUCUACUGCACUGUAACUUUAAUAACUACAUGACUCAUCUACUGCACUGUAACUUUAAUAACCGCAUUGACUCAUCUACUGCACUGUGACUUUAAUAACUACAUGACUCAUCUACUGCACUGUAACUUUAAUAACUACAUGACUCAUCUACUGCACUGUAACUUUAAUAACUACAUGACUCAUCUACUGCACUGUAACUUUAAUAACUACAUGACUCAUCUACUGCACUGUAACUUUAAUAACUACAUGACUCAUCUACUGCACUGUAACUUUAAUAACUACAUGACUCAUCUACUGCACUGUAACUUUAAUAACUGCAUUGACUCAUCUACUGCACUGUAACUUUAAUAACUGCAUUAACUCAUCUACUGCACUGUAACUUUAAUAACUACAUGACUCAUCUACUGCACUGUAACUUUAAUAACUUUAUUAACUCAUCUACUGCACUGUAACUUUAAUAACUUUAUUAACUCAUCUACUGCACUGUAACUUUAAUAACUGCAUUAACUCAUCUACUGCACUGUAACUUUAAUAACCGCAUUGACUCAUCUACUGCACUGUAACUUUAAUAACUACAUGACUCAUCUACUGCACUGUAACUUUAAUAACUACAUGACUCAUCUACUGCACUGUAACUUUAAUAACUACAUGACUCAUCUACUGCACUGUAACUUUAAUAACUACAUGACUCAUCUACUGCACUGUAACUUUAAUAACCGCAUUGACUCAUCUACUGCACUGUAACUUUAAUAACCGCAUUGACUCAUCUACUGCACUGUAACUUUAAUAACCGCAUUAACUCAUCUACUGCACUGUAACUUUAAUAACCGCAUUGACUCAUCUACUGCACUGUAACUUUAAUAACUGCAUCUACUAACUUUAUGAGAAAAUGCUUUGUCUUUUAAAUUAAAACACCUGAUCAAUUUGGGAUUUUCAUUAGUUGACAGUUAUAAUCAUUACAAUUAAAAUAAAUAAACAUUUGAAAUAUAUCAGUCUGCGUGCAAUGAAUUAAUAUAAUUUAGAAGAUUCACUUUUUGAAUGGAAAUAGUGAAAUGCAUCAACUUUUUGAUGA